GCACUUGGCUUCUUGUGGUAUUCUGAUAACCAGAAUUUCUCCUUCACGAGUACCUGUGAUGAGCCAGACUUUUUCAAGAACCUUCUUCAACAUUGCUGCACCACUAGUAAACAAAAGAAAAGAGUAUUCUGAAAGAAGAAUUAUCGGGUAUUCUAUGCAGGAAAUGUAUGAAGUUGUUGCUGUUGUGGAGAAUUACAAACUAUUUGUUCCUUGGUGUAAAAAGUCAGAUGUAUUAUCGAAGCGCUCUGGAUACUGCAAAGCACAGCUAGAAAUAGGAUUCCCUCCUGUAGUAGAGACAUAUACAUCGGUUGUUACCCUAGUGAGACCUCAUUUAGUUAAGGCAUCCUGCACUGAUGGGAAACUAUUUAAUCACUUGGAAACAGUGUGGCGUUUCAGCCCCGGUAUCCCUGGUUAUCCAAGGACAUGUACAUUGGAUUUUUCAGUUUCUUUUGAAUUUCGUUCACUUCUACACUCAAAACUCGCUACACUAUUUUUUGAUGAAGUGAUUAAGCAGAUGGUAACUGCCUUUGAAAGAAGAGCAUCCAAGCUCCAUGGCCCAGAAACAAGCAUACCUCGGGAGCUAAUGCUUCAUGAAGUUCAUCAGACGUAA